CGUACGGGUACUGCUGAGGAAACCGUCGAGGAUCCGUUUGAUCAAAUUGCUACUGUAGCCCCAAGCGAGAAAUUAUCCAUCUCAAUUUCUCCUUUGCUGCGCUCUGAUCCGUCCACUGGGUCCACCAGGCCACCGCCGAGCGGAUUUUUGAGAAGAAUCAGCGAUGUACAAGGAUGCCCGAGUAUUGUACAGACUCGAGUGGAUCAGUGCUCCACGGAUCUCACCAGCUGGAUGCAUAAUAUCGAACAUAUUGACUUGGCCAAUUCUUCAAUAUUAAAUGAUGAAACAAGGUAUUCUUAUAAGUUUCAUGAAAGCACAGCUGAUAAGACGGAAUGUUUUCUGAUGAAAGAGUGA